AUGCCGACCUCAACUCAGUACCUGGCUCGAUUGCCCAAGGCGCUCCCUGGCUCCAUCCCCAGGUUGCUGGAGGUGUCUGGGAGCAGCUCAGAGCACGUGUGGAGCCUGGCACGCGUCAUGAGUGCAGAGGAGUACCGCCAGCUGGCCCAGGAGCGCGCGCUGGCCGGCCUGUGUGGCCAGCCGACCUGCGCCUCGCCCCAGCCCCAGCUCCCGCCCCGCAGGGCGCUGCUGCGCCUGGCGGAGCCCGCCCUCGAGGAGGCCGAGGAGGUGGACCUCGCCGGGGUCACGUGCAGCCCGGCCUGCGCGGCGCAGGCCGAGGCCGUGGCGCAGCGGCUGGGCGGGGCGCAGCGUGCACAGCAGCGCUUCGACCACCUGUACGACGCCGUGCUCGAGCGGCGUGCCGCCCACGCCGCGCCCGGCGCCGCCGCCGUGCCAGCGGAGCCGCAAGCGGGCCUGGCGGCCGGCUCCUCCAAGGUCCCCAUCAUGCAGGCCCAUAUCAAGGAGCGUGCACCUGCUGCAGCUCCUGUGGCACCCUCCAAGGCCGCAUCCUCCAGAGCCGUGGAGGGGUACGUGCCACGAUCCUGCCCCCCGCCGCCCCGGACUGCCUCGGAGCGGCGCGUCCACUUUGCGGAGGCGGAGCCGGCCGCGGCACCGGCCGCCGAGCUUGCUGCCGCCGUGCCGGUGGUCGUGCCCCCCAAGGCCCACUUCGUGCUGGAGGUGGAGGAUGCCAUGAGCCCGCUGGAGGGGGCCGGCGCGGCCGCCAUCGGCUCGCUCUUUGGCCGCCUGCGCCUGGCACCGGAGGGCGGUGGGCCGGGAUCAGACGGCGACGGCGAGGCGUCAGAGGCACCGGGGUGGGCGGACGCAGCAGUGGACACGCUGUCCGCCGAAGCUUCCGCCGCGCCGUCGGCCCUCGAGCUCACUGCAGAGCAGGUCAAGGGGCUGACGAGCCUCAACCCGCGCCUGGCGGGGGUGCUGCCAGUGCCUUCUACCAAGGGAAACAGCGCGCAGGAGGCGGGGGAGGAGCGGGAGGAGGAGGGCGAUGCCUGGGCGCCCAGCGACGAUGACGAGCAGGGGCUGGAGCUCGGCUCCUCCGACGACAGCGAGACGGAGCUGGUGAGGGGACAGGGGCCCAACCGUCCCCGGCUCACACUCUCCACCUUCGGCCUGCUCUUCACCCACCUGGAAGCCUGGGUGGGCGAAGCCACGCUGGAGCUCCUGGGUUCCGGCCCAGGCGCGGGACCUGCCAGCCACGCCCCCGCGCAUGACAGGCCGGCCGCUGAGGCGCUGCUGCGUCUGCUGCAGGCUGUGACCCCCGGCAUCUGUGCCGAGCUGGCGAUUGCCCAGCUGGCGCAAGUGCAGGCCGCCCUGACCCAGCUCGUGGCCUCCUUUGGCGUGCGAGGGGCGCUGCCCUCCUUCAAGACGGGGCAGUGGCAGCUGCUGCUCAUCAUCCUGCUCAAGGCACUGUCCAUGCAGCGGGCGCCCUUCCUACGGCCGGCUUUCGAGUCGCGCGAGGGCAUCAGCAGGCUGAACGCUGCCCUAGCCAACCGUCUGUUCACCAUCGAGGAGUUUUAUGCCGUGCUGGAGCUGGUGGUGGUGGAGGAGACGCAGUGA